AUGGCUUUCUCCGGCGGCCUUCUGAACGAGGAGCAGCUCCUGUGCUCGAUCUGUCUGGACGUCUUCACUGACCCCGUCUCCACCCCGUGCGGACACAACUUCUGCAUGAGCUGUCUCAGAGCGUGCUGGACCGUCGCCUCACCCUGCCAGUGUCCGGUCUGUAAGGAGCCGUUCCCCAGGAAGCCCGAGCUCCGCGUGAACACUUUCAUCUCAGAGCUGGCGGCUCAGUUCAGGAGGUCGGUUCAUGAUGAGCCUCGUUCCUCCAGACCUCCAGAGUCCUGCGCUGAGGGAAAGCUGGAGGACUUGAAGUCCUGUCUGAAUUGUGGAGCUGCUUACUGUGACUCUCACAGAACCGCAGAUAAAAAAUGCAAACCGAUCGACCCGGUGAAGAGGCUGCAGGGUCACGCCUGUCAAACACACGGACGGUCGCCAGAUCUGUUCUGCAGGGACGAUAAAACGUUCGUCUGCAAGUUCUGCGCUGAGACGGAGCACAAAGCUCACGACGCUGUUACUGUAGAGGAGGAAGGUCGACUGAGAAAGUCUCAGCUGGAGAUGAAACAAGCAGAAGUUCAGCGAAUGAUCCAGGUCCGAGUGGAGAAGAUAAAGGAAUUCAGACACUCUGUAGAGUUCAACACAAACAAUAAAGAAAAGGAGGCGGCGGGCGGUACGAAGGUGUUCGCUGAUCUGAUUCGCUGCAUCGAGAGACGUCAGGCCGAGUUUCUGAACCAGAUCGAGGAGCAGCAUCGAGCGGCGGAAUCUCAGGCUGCAGACCUGAUCCGAAAUCUGGAGCGAGAGCUCGGCGAGUUACAGGGUCAGGGGGCUGAGCUGGAGGAUCCACGCCACCUCCUACAGUUACUGUCCAGUUCAUCAUCACGGUCCGAGACCUGGACUGACGUGAGUAUCAGCACUGAUGUGUGUGAGGAGACCCUGAGGAAAGCGCUGAUCCAGGUUCAAGAGUCCGUCCAGGAGGAAAUCGUGAAGCUUGAUAAGAUUAAACUGAAGAGAAUUCGUCGAUAUGCAGUGGACGUGACCCUGAAUCCCGACACCGUUCACCCGUACCUCAGGCUCUCCGCUGAUGGGAAACAGGUCUCGUGCGGAGAUGCGGGACGGACUCUCCCGAAUAAUCCCGAGAGGUUCGACCGGUGCCCCUGCGUGCUGGGAGUGGAGGGAUUCUCCUCAGGAAGGUUCUACUACCGGGUUCAGGUCGGCGGGAAGACCGACUGGGAUCUGGGCGUGGCCGGAGAGUCCGCUGACCGGAAGGGCAUGAUAACGGCGUGUCCCGAGAACGGAUUCUGGUCGGUGUGUCUGAGGAAUUCCACUCAGUACAUGGCCUGUGAUUCUCGCUGGGUUUCCCUCCCACUAAAGCGGAGUCCACAGGAAGUGGGCGUGUUCGUGGAUUACCAGCAGGGCGUGGUCUCCUUCUACGACCUGACCGCCAAAUCCCUGAUGUAUUCCUUCACCGGUCAGUCUUUCACCGAGAAGCUUCACCCAUAUUUCAGCCCCUGUCUUAAUAACGGGGGGGAAAAUGCAGCCCCGAUGAUCAUCGUUCCGGCUGAACUCUGAACUCUGAUUCACUGCUCAUUUUCACUGAGGUCUGAGGGAUCUGAUUUAAUUUCAGUGUUUAUUUUAAUGUUGUUUGAUUUUAUUAGAAAUAUUAA